AUGCUGUUAUACUUCUACCAGCGGAAUGACCUACCACUGUACACUAUUGGUGUGUUAAGCUGUAUUGUCGAUGCCUUUCUGAGUCCUGUUAGCAAUAUAAUUAUCGGCAAGCUCUUCAAUGCCUUAUCAGGCUUUCAGGUUGGAAGCUACACAUCAGAUGCGUUUAUGAGCAGAGUUUUGGAAUUGUGUGCGGGCAUGUGGUCUUUGGCACUGAUACAAAUGUUCUCAUGCUGGGUGUCACAUUUUGUUUGGACUGUGAUCGGUUACCGCCAUGGGCACAGAGCCAGAAGUCAAUUGUACGCAUCGACGGUGUCUCGCGAUGUCGAGUGGUUUGAUGAAAACGAAAAGGCCAUUGGCAGUGCUACAAUGAGUUUCAAAGACGUCCAAGAUCUCGAGUACGCUGUUGGAACGUCUACUCGCGAUAUUUUAACCACGUCAAUCUCCAUUGUCCUCCAAUUGAUCGUAUCUUUCUACUACUCAUGGUCAAUUACCUUGAUAUGUAUGAUUGGCGUCCCUAUCAUGGCUUUUUCAACAUAUUUUCUGAGUAUCCAAGUGCAUACUCGAGUUAUAAAAGCAAAAUCCUUGCUUGACACUAUUUCAACCGCUGGCGAUUGGGCCCUCAGAAGCUUGUCCACCGUUGUUUCGUUCCAAAAACAGGGCUAUGAGAAGGAAAAGAUGGAAGAGCUACUCAAGAACGAGCUCAAGCUCAAUAUGGGCCAGCAUCAAUUUAGUGCACUGCUACAAGCCAUUGGCCGCUUUCUUGUGCUCUCGAUUUUUGUCCAAGGGUUUUUCUUUGGCUCCUAUAUGGUGAGGAGUCAUGGUGUCAAUUCCGGAAACGUAAUGACAGUCUUCUGGUCUUGCUUGUCUUUGACAACAAGUCUGAACACUAUGCUUUCGUUGCUAAUGGGAUUGCAAAGAGGAAUUGUGUCGGCACAGCGCCUGUCAUCUGCCAUUGAGCGUGACACCACGUCAGAGCUCAAAACUUCCAUCGGCAUUGUUCCAUCAAAUUUUGACUAUGGAACAGGUGAAGUGGUUUUCGAUGAGGUAGUAUUCUCCUAUCCAACACGACCAACCCUAGUUUUGGCUGGAUUAUCGCUGAAAUUCGAGGCUGGCAAAACUACUUACAUUUUGGGACCAUCGGGUAGCGGGAAGUCAUCUUUAGCGGCCUUAAUGGGUGGACAGUACGAAUAUCAGGCAGGACAGAUUACUAUCAAUAACGUGCCUCUUCCUCAUAUCAGCACUAGCUGGCUUGAGCACACUGUGUACGUCGUCGAACAACAAGCAAAGCUUUUUGAUAUACCCUUAUCUGAGAAUAUUCGUAUCGGCGCAACAAAUCCGGCAUCGGUAUCAUUUAGUGACAUUGAAAAAGUUUGCGAUCUAGUUGGUGCAGACUUUAUUGCUGACCUCCCGAGAGGACUUCUGACACCUGGAUCCUAUCAACUUAGUGGUGGACAGAAGCAGCGAAUAGGUUUAGCAAGAGCACUUCUGAGAGAUGCACCAAUCAUGGUUUUUGAUGAGUCCACAAGUGCGCUGGAUCCGUCAAUGAGAAGUCAUGUCAUGAAGGCCGUUCUUGAAUAUCGCCGCAACAAGACGAAUAUCAUUAUAACCCACCAAAUGGACAUCAUACCCCCUCAAGCUCCCAUACACUUUAUUCAGGACGGGAGAGCGUAUCAAUACAAAUCCCUUGAGCAAUAUAAACGACAGUCAGUGGUACCAAUGGGGCCACCAAAGCAGCGCGUCGAACACGAAAUACCAAUCAGUGUGGAACCAAAAUCAGAGAAAAGAACCGCAAUGUUUAUCUUGAAAACCACCAAACAGAAAGGGCUUCUGUUUUGUGGGUUCGCACUUGUGGCAGCCCAAGCAGUUGUGAACCCGCUUUUUGCUUUCUUCUUUUCCAAGCUUCUAAUGGGAAUUUUGCCUCAAAACCAUGUUAAUACCACUCUUUGGGCACUUCUAGUUCUUUUACUGGCAUUCACAGAUGGUCUGCUAACCUACUCACACAUUGUUUUGGACUAUGUUUCCGAGAAUUGGCAACUCUUUAUAAGGAAAACUAUUUACGACAACCUCCUCUCUCGGCGGUUUCUUGACGAGUCACAGGUAUCAUACUAUACAAAGCUUCUCUUCUCCGAUACUGAAAAAGCAUCCCUCAUACUUGCAUCAUAUUGGCCAGCCAUGGUGAAUCUGGUUGUUCUGGGUGUGGUGUCACUCGUAUGGAGUUUGGCGGAGGGCUGGGAGCUUUCGCUCAUCGGCUUGUCUAUUGCUCCUUUGUUUUUCGUGGCAACACAGUUUCACAAGUUUGUCAACUCCAAGUGGAAUAUUGCUAGAGAAACUCGCCGUAAUGAAGCAUUGAAGCUGUUGGUAGAAGUGGUCGAAGGAUUUCGAACAGUCAAAACUCAACAUUUGGAGCAUUAUUUCGGAACACUUUAUGCUCGCAGGGAGGAUCGGGUCCAGGAUCUAGCAAUUAACAUGGGCCUUUCAGUCGGCUUCGCUCUUGGUAUUGUAAAAAUAUUCCCGUUCGCAGCUCAGGGACUGUUACUCUGGUACGGUAUGCACCUCAUUGCGCAGGGUAAAUAUACUUCUCAGCAAACGAUGAUGGUGUUUACUAUUUUGAUCUUUGCAUUAAUGACAAUGAUUAGCAUCGCAGCAUCUGUAACCUCUGUUGGAAACGGUUUCGAAGCAGUGAGUCGUUUGGAGAUGGCAAUCUCUGACGAUCAGGACCAGGACGAGCUACAAGCACUAUCGGUUGGCGAAGCUCGGAAUUAUGACUCCGUUGACUUCAGCAGACUAUCAUUUAGAGACAUCGGAAUCACAUACCCCAACGGAACUUCAGUUCUUGGAGGAUUUUAUGCCGAUAUCGAUAGUAAACAAGCAGUUGCGGUUAUUGGUCCUUCCGGCAUAGGUAAAUCAACUUUGGCGCGGCUUCUUUUGAAACUUCAAACACCAUCAACGGGCAAUAUUACAGUCGACGGAUCAUAUCCUCUACAAAAAAUCCCAUCUGAUAUUGUCCGCAGAAAAAUUGCAGUAGUGGGACAAAUGCCCCUGGACUUUUUGGAUGGCACGAUUAUGGAAAAUUUAAUGUAUGCGUGCCCACCAGAUAUGUCGCCACCUACUGCAGAGUCAAAAGCCAAGAAUGCCUGUAGAGCCUGUGGCCUAGAAGAGUUCAUUAUGAAACUUGAAGAUGGUUAUGGUACGAAAAUAAAAAGUGGGUUACUUUCGGGCGGCCAAAUGCAGCGUUUAGGAAUCGCCCGUUGUCUUAUACGCGAGCCUGAUUUGCUUGUUUUGGAUGAGUGUACCUCGGCCCUUGAUGAUGAAAGUACCGAAGUUAUCAAGGACCUUCUGACCACAAUCAAAGAGCGACGCCUUAUGUCACUCCUGAUAAUAACGCAUCAAAUGGAUUUGGCUGCGAUAGCAGACAAAACUGUCAGCCUCUUUCAAUAG